AUGGAUUCAGAGCAGUUCAGUACGGCGGCUGUUCCACGGCGGGCGCCGGGGGACGCUGGAAUGGGCCUUUUUGCGACAUCUGCCAUCAAUAUCGGCUCAGACGUUUGCAACCUUCCGGCGACCUUCUCAACAGUUUUGGAUACGGAAAGGUUGCAGGAUACAUGCUCAAACUGUUUCUCGAGCACCCAGUUCACCAUAGCAGACCCUGAUCUUGACUUGAAGUUCUGCUCUGGUUGUCAUGUAGUCAAGUACUGCCAUAAGGGAUGUCAAGCUGAAAACUGGUCGGCAAUACACAAAUAUGAAUGUGCAAUAUAUAAGCAACUUCAUCCUAGGGUUCUGCCUAUUAAUUCAAGGGCUGUCCUUCGAAUUGUUAAGCUGAGGGCUUCUAAAAAAGAGGAUGCACGACUAGACGUGGGGAUGUUUGAAACGCUCCGUUCCCAUAUGAAGGAGAUUUCCGGGUCGAACAAGGAACAAUACGAGCGGAUAAUGCUCUGUGCUAAGGCUGAGAAAGAGUACUCGAAGACCGACCUCGACCUUGAGGUUAUUGCCGAGUACUUUGCAAAAGACUCUGCAUCCAGCCUUGUUGGAUUUGACGAGGGAAACAUCAUAAUCAAAGCCGUGAAGAAGAUCAAGGCUAACGAGCAGGUAUUCAUAUCUUACAUUGACAAUACCAACCCAUUCGAAACCCGGCAAAGGGAGUUAGCCGAGAGAUACUUCUUCACUUGCAAAUGCUCAAAAUGUCUUAGGGGUGAUAAGGCGCGAGAAGAUCUGUUCCUAACCACUUCUCUUACGUCGGUUGAGAUGGUUGUUCUUAAAGAGGCAGAAAAGCAGGCACUGGAGCUUCUUGCCUCAGCAAAGAAAGCUGAACCGCGCGCUUCAGUGAAACAACUCAAAGCUGCUAUGAGGAUACUACAUGAUACCAAGAUGUGGCCUAUUACUAGGCAACCGUAUGUGCAAAUCCGAUCAGAGCUAAUUGCAUCACUGAUCGACAUUGAGAGCUUUUGGUCUGCUCUUCGCCAUAGUGCAGUGCGACACUUGAACAUCGACCCUGUGGUAUACCCACAAAAAUGGCAUCCUCUCCGCAACCUGCAUACUUACACGCUUGCGAAGCUGGUCACAAUGCUCCGAGACAAGCUAGCUGGAAAAGUACCUAGUAAUAUCAAAUGGCGUAUGGAUGGAGUAUCGAUCGUUUAUCCUCUUCUCGCCACAUUGAACAAGCAUCUGGAAUACGAACUGCCUGUUGUUGCGUCGCUUUAUGAGAGUGAUCUCGAAGAUAUGGUUGCUCCGGUAAGGGCAAUUGGUUAUGACCCAUCUACUGAGUCUGCGGCCAAGGCGAUGGCUCCCCAUUGGAAGACCUUGGAGAAAAUAGCGAAGGAAACACUCGAGAUGGACGGGUGA